AUGUUGAAGCCGAUACUCGACGUGACGAAUGUAAAUGUGGCUUUGAGUGUUUUUGGCGUCUUUAUACUCGCUUAUGGCUAUGUAUCAGCCAAGUUACAGCAGGUAUGGUAUCUAGGCGAAGCUUUACCGGCCUUCGUGCUCGGAAUCAUCGUUGGCCCUGUUGCUGCAAACCUGAUCGACGUCGCGGACUGGGAUCACGAGGGCGUCUAUCACGAAAUCCACGAAAUAGCAUACAAUCUAACACGCGUCAUCAUUGCAAUCCAAUUAGUCAAAGUCGGCUACGAACUCCCUAAACAAUACCAGAAACAGCGCGCGGUCGAAAUGACUAUUUGCCUAUUACCAGUCAUGACUAUAAUGUGGCUCUGCACGACGGGUUGUAUCAUGCUGGUCGUACCCAAGAUCACAUGGGUAUCAGCACUCAUAAUCGGCUCAUGUGUAACCUGUACAGACCCCGUCCUCUCUCAAGCCAUUGCCAAAGGCCCCUUUGCCGAAAACUACGUUCGUCGUAAUCUGCGCGAAUUCAUUUCCUCCGAAGCCGGCGGGAAUGACGGCUUCGGCUUUCCCUUUUUGUUGUUUGCGGUUGCUCUAUUGCGGUACGAUGGUACAAGAGCCAAUGCCGUUUCGCUGAGUGACAUGGAUCAUGCAGAGGGAAUACCGGAUCAGCUCGGUGCGGAGGAGCAGGGGAACCAUGGUGGUGGGCUGGACACGGCGUUGAAGCAUUGGGCGGUUGAGGGGGUGUUGUUCAUGGUGUUUUUGGGGUUUGCUUAUGGUGCUAUCGUUGGGACGUUGUGUAGGGCUGUUUUGAAUUGGGCUACGAAGAGGAAAUGGGUUGAUAAUGAGAGUUAUCUGCUUGUCCCUCUCGCGAUGGGAAUCUUCAUAGUUGGUACAUGCGGCUGUUUUGGCGCAGAUGAGACUCUUGCCUGCUUCGCAGCCGGCAAUGCCCUAAAUUGGGAUGGCCGCUUCCUGACAGAAAUUCAUCUGCGCCACGACUCAUUCAACAACAUCCUCGAACGCUUUCUCAACUUCGCCGCUUUUGUGUUCCUUGGACUGAUAAUGCCUUGGGACUCUUGGACACAAGUGGCAAAGAUUGCUGAACACGGACUUACGCCUGGAAGAUUGUUUGCAUUGGGAUUUCUGGUUCUGGCAUUUAGACGUAUCCCGGCCAUACUGAUUUCGUAUCGGUUUAUGUCUGAUAUUUGUCAUGACUGGAAGGAAGCUUUGUUUAUGGGGUAUUUUGGACCGAUUGGAAUUGGUGCCAUAUCCUCCGUUGAAUAUGCAAGACAACUCUUCCCUGACCCAGGAGAUAGCGACGCAGAAAUCAACAGCUUGACCAGCACUAUGGUCCCUGUGGUAUACUGGCUCSUCUUCUUCUCAAUCGUAAUCCAUGGCCUCUCGGUCCCUAUCCUGCAUCUCAUCUACAGACUCCGCAAAGUGCCCAAAGUGCAUGACGAGCACCCCAUCGAGAUUGUGUUGUUAUCGACUAAUGAGCCCUUGCCGGCUAAUAGUACGGCGAAUGCGCAGCGGCAUUCGGCAAUACUCAAUAAUCGGUUUUCGAGACAGGAUGAAAAUGAUAAUGACGAUGAGGAAGGGCCUGGCGAUGCGGAGUCGGGUCUCAUCACCGCAGCAUCUUCCGACGCGCAAGAUCAUCAUUUGACCGCCACCAACCUAAUAUCUAUCACAAUCACACAAAUUCGCGCCAUGAACGCACUUCUCUGCAUGGAUCAGACGUCAUUGAAAUCCUAUCACAUCAACAACACCAAAACGGACAAAGUCCAGUAA